AUGUACGCCGCCAACCAAAAGGCGUGGAUGUCGCGAGCAAUUUUCAGUGAGUGGCUCCGGGACUUUGACCGUGAAAUGGAAAAGCAGGGUCGGCAUGUGUGCCUUCUGCUCGACAACUGCUCAGCGCACCAUGUCGACCUCCAUCUUACGAACGUGGAGCUGCGAUUUUUCCCACCGAACUGCACAUUGCUGAUCCGGCCACUGGAUCAAGGCAUUAUAAGGAGUGUUAAGUGCGCCUAUCGCGCACGUGUAGUGGACCGACUGCUGCUGGACAUUCGAUUCGGCAGAGAAUCGAAAGUGGACGCCAUCCAAGCCGUGGAGAUGCUUGCAGCGAGCUGGUCUGCAACCAAACGCGAGGUCAUCACAAACUGCUUCAGGAAGGCGGGGUUUGAGAGGACUGAUGAGGCAGAAGACACCCCAUGUGCUGACGUGGAGGAAGCUGAGCCAAGCGUUCUGGAAGACACUUCAGACGCGCUCGCUGUGCUCCAGCGAUGGGAAGAACUUCGAGAACAAGGUGGGGUGCCGGAUGAUGUUGCACUGGAGGACUUUUUGAACGCCGACUCAACGGCAGUAUGCACAGAGGAGCUUAGUGAGGCCGACAUCGUCGCCGGUCUGCGUCAGGAUACACACGAGGACAGCGAGAGCGACACUGAAGAGGACAUAUGUGUGCCAUCUGUUAGGGAGGUGCUCGACUCUAUUGACGUGCUUCGACGAUACGCGGCAUUGAACAAGGACCAGGAGGGCGCUCUGGCAGCGCUGGCAAGCUAUGAACGGUCUGUGACACCGACGUUCUUCAAGACCGUGCAAAAGGGAGUAACUGACUAUUUCUGUGCCAAAUAA